CUGGGCGGCGGGCGGCGCUGGGAGGAAGGCGGGUCUGACAGUUGCAGAGGCCGGGAGCCCCAGCCCAGGCGCCCGGGGAGACGUGAGUGCUCGCUGUCCCGCGGAGUGGGGGCCCUCCCCGGGCCUGAGGAGCCUGAGAGGGAGAGCCGCCAGGACGCGGCUCUCAGCCCGGGAAUUCUGGGUCCCCGGCUCCUAAGGAGGGCCUUGCGCGCGAGGAAAAUGGGUGAAUUGCCCCUAGAUAUAAAUAUCCAGGAACCUCGCUGGGACCAAAGCACUUUCCUGGGCAGAGCCCGACACUUUUUCACUGUGACUGACCCCCGAAAUCUGCUGCUGUCUGGGACACAGCUGGAAGCUGCCCGGAAGAUUGUGCACAACUACAGGGCUGGUGUGGUGACCCCAGGGCUCACCGAGGACCAGCUGUGGAGGGCCAAGUAUGUGUACGACUCUGCCUUCCAUCCAGACACGGGGGAGAAGUUGGUCCUUAUCGGCCGCAUGUCAGCCCAGGUGCCCAUGAACAUGACCAUCACUGGCUGCAUGCUCACCUUCUACAGGAAGACCCCCACUGUAGUGUUCUGGCAGUGGGUGAAUCAGUCCUUCAACGCCAUCGUGAACUACUCCAACCGCAGUGGUGACGCUCCCAUCACUGUGAGGCAGCUGGGAACAGCCUAUGUGAGCGCCACCACAGGUGCUGUGGCCACGGCGCUGGGACUCAAAUCUCUUACCAAGCACCUGCCCACCCUGGUGGGCAGGUUUGUGCCUUUCGCAGCCGUGGCGGCCGCCAACUGCAUCAACCUCCCCCUGAUGAGGCAGCGGGAGUUGCAGGUGGGUAUCCCAGUAACUGACGAGGAGGGCACUCGACUUGGAUACUCUGUGACUGCAGCCAAGCAUGGAAUCUUCCAGGUGGUGAUAUCAAGAAUCUGCAUGGCGAUUCCUGCCAUGGCCAUUCCCCCCGUGAUCAUGGACACUCUAGAGAAGAAAGCCUUCCUGAAGCGCCGCCCCUGGCUGGGGGCACCCCUGCAGGUGGGACUGGUGGGCUUAUGCCUGGUAUUUGCCACCCCCCUGUGCUGUGCCCUGUUCCCUCAGAGAAGCUCCAUACACGUGAGCAGGCUGGAGCCGGAGCUAAGAGAUCAGAUCUGUGAGCGAAACUCCUGCAUCGAAGUGGUUUACUACAACAAGGGGCUCUGAGGGAGGCCUGCCCCGCCCCCUGCCUCACCCCUCGGGCUACUGCCAUCCCUACCGCUUGCCCAUCUCUGGGUACUAGGGCAGGGACACAGGGGACAACAGCCGCUGAGACCAACAGUUACUAAGCUGGGAGAAGUGCCCCUCUAGGCCUUUUUCUUUUUUUCUGCAUUCAAAGAAAGGCAGCGCCUUUCUCCUGUUCUUGUGUGUCUACAUUUACACAUAUGUGACAGAUGUGUGUAUGUACCUGCUGUCAUGGAAGCCAGGGGCAGAUGUGCUGUCCUGGGGUGUCCUGAUAUCUGGCACCCCCUCUUGGCCCCCUGACACCCACCAGCCCGUCAGGCCAGAGGACCGCCGCCUUCCACCAGCUAAGUCAUUUCCUUCUGGAUGCAGAAGGAGCCCCAGGCUCUUCAGCAAAGACUGAGGUACACUGGUAGGCCAAGCUGGGCUGAAUUCUUCAGAUUUCUGAUUCUUGGUUCCCAAAGCUGACUCAGAACUGGGCUGGCAGGGGAAGUCACGACUAGAUGAGGGAGACAGGGACACUGAGGGGUCGCAGUGCCAUCCCCCAUUCUGGAAUAGAUCCUUUUACUAGAACAAAUGAGGGUCAGCUUCCUGUACCACUCUGGCCCUCUUCCCACCCCACCCCACAGCGGGCACCUCCAGGCCCAAUCCUGUGGGGUCUUGGUCUGCUCUGACAUCAGAACUUCAAAUCUAAACCUACACUCCAAACCCCUCCCCAGCCAAAAAGCCAUGAAGGCAGAACAAGCAUUCCCCUUUCAGGCUCCCACUACCCUCUAGCAGGGACACAGCUGUGGGAAUGGUGCUUAAGCGCCACAGGUAUCAGGUUGGUGUAACAAGGACAACUUCAAGAGCAACUAGGUCCCAACUAUAAAAUGGUAAGACGGAAUUUUGGGUUCUGUUGAUCCAUGUCAGACACUCAGCAAUACUCCCGCCUGAGCUCCUUUCUUGAGGUUUGGCUCUCUUGCUACUCCCCUUCACCCCCACAAGGUCCAGGCAUCAGUGACUGGUCCACACAGAAGGGGGCUUAGGGAUGGCACAUGUGGUGGCAAAGGUCAGUGCUGAGCUGACCUUAGUUCCAGCACCAUGACCUUUGACUGAAGCAGGGAAUGGGCUAGCUGAAGGUCCACAUGGGACCCUAUGAGAACACUCCUGCCAACCAUCUGCCACCAGUGAUAAAAGCACUGAUACAGUUGUUACUCAAUAAACUGAAAACCUGUGUACUUCUUACCCUCA